ACGAAAAUUGGACAAGGCAGCUAUGCCUAGGUAAUACUACCACAUGCAAGUAGUAUCCAGGCAAUCCAGGCAUUUACAUAGAAUACCUUUGUUGCAAAGACCUAUCGGUAUUCUACGCGUGGCCAGUCACUUCUUCAUUGGGAGUGUUUAUCUGGAACACCCGAGUUCUCGUGUUGGCCAUAGCAAUGCAGGUCGCCCGUUUUCACCGGUUACAUGUCAUAUAUUCAUAUGUGCGCAAACGCGAACCCUAACCAGUGGCGUUAAAGGUAAACACAAUAGGUAGGUGCCUUAGGUAUAUACAUCGUUGCCUAAAUCUUCUAAAUUCUUAAGUUCUUACUUAAGACGUUGGGUAGUCGAAAACAUUUCAUUUUCUUGACAAGAAAAAAGGCAGAAACUUGGCCAAAUUAUCUUAAAAUUCCAACAAAAUGACGAGAAUCGAUAGCGAACCCGUCGUGAUUGACUCAGCUGAGGUCCGUGACGACUCAACAGCGUCUCUUCAAACGGCCGAAACAGACCGACCUCAACAACCUCAACGACCUCAGAAUGAAGAGCAUAGGCAUCCCGCAAACGGCAAUGUCCCAGGCCCAGCUCCCGAUAGCCCGCGUAUCCCAAUAUCUAAUCUUCAUAUAGAAGAAAACAAACCUACCAGCCAGUUUGAAGACCUCAAGAAUAUAUACAAGCAGUGGACCAAGCAAGAUGCAUUAAUAGCUGUGAUGGGUAUGACCGGGUCAGGAAAGACGACCUUUAUCUCAAAGGUGACUGGACGGGAAGACCUCAAGAUAGGUCACGGCCUUACUUCAUGCACCCAAGAUAUACAAGUUGCUGAGACUGUCAUUGACGGCCGCGUCGUCCGCUUUGUUGACACCCCUGGCUUCUCGGACACAUACCUUUCGGAUACUGAAAUCCUCGAGAUGAUCGCCGACUAUCUAAAGGCCGCAUAUAACGAUCGCAUGCGUUUGUCGGGAAUCAUCUACAUACACCCUAUUUCUGAAAAUCGUAUCACUCACCAUGCUACGAAGAACCUCGCCAUGUUCCGAAAACUAACUGGGGAGAAGAACCUCGAGCAUGUAGUGUUAACAACCAGCAUGUGGGACAGGGUCACCCCAGAGGAGAGUGAGAGUCGCGAAAAGGAACUGCAGACUAAGUUCUGGAAUCUCUUGAUGAUAGCUGGUGCCAAGUAUUCACGUCAUAAUGGAUCCGCCCAGUCAGCCAGGGGCAUCGCAUCUUCGUUUUUGGAGAACAAGCCCUUCUACGUACAAUUGCAAGAGGAAGUAGGCAAACAACACAAGCCGCUCAAAGAUACAUUGGCAGGAAAGGAGAUCAUGGCUGAGAUCUCACGACUCAAGGAGCAGCAUCGCGAAGAACUCGAAGAAGCGAAAGAGUUGAUGAGGCAGUCCGCGGCUGACAAUAACGAGGCUGCCAUAGCUGCCCUCAAGCAGCACUAUGAUGCGAUGAUUCAAGAUAUGAACAAGACACUUGCGGACGAGAGGCGAAUGAACCAGGAGGCGACCGCGUCAAUGCAAGAAAGGAUCAGUUAUCUCGAAAACAAGGGUUCCUGUGCCGUCAUGUAGUCAUCUAGAUACAGGAUUCAGCGCCGCAUCGCUUUUAAUACGGGUUAUGGAUAUAUUGAUAUACCUUACAUACUUAGUUCAUUGCACCAUUCCAUGAGCGUUUCAGCUAGAUAGGAUUAUACCAAAACUAACUGUACAGUUAGCGAAUUUAAGCUGACAUUCCCUAGUACGAUACCUGCUAUAUAUCAUAUCAAUCCUUUUCACCCAACAUCUCGUGCCAU